AUGGUUCGAGUCAACUCGGUUACGCACCGGGCUCCCGACAGUCCCAGCCGGCAGCUCAUCCAGGAGCUGACCAAGGACCUCGAGCAGGUCAGGAUACACGGGGAAGAGUUAAAGCGCGUCAAGGCUUACGAAAGCCGGACCUUCUACGAAAGACUAGACCAGAUAGACCGCCAACGCGAGGAGGUCCACACGACAGCUCUGAAUGAAGCUGCUGCCAACAGAGACAGACGGAGACAGCAGGCCGAAGAGACGCUCAGGCAACACCUGCUCGCGGUAGAAGAGGAGAGAAAACGAAAAGAAGAAGGAGAGAGGCAAAGGUUGGAAAAGUUACGUCUAGAAAAGGCGGAGAAAGAAAAGAAAGAAAGAGAGGAAGCCGAACGAGUUCAGGUAGAGAGAAGAGCUAAAGACGCUGAACGAGCGAGGUUAGCCGAAGAAGCUGAAAAGUCAAAGAGAGAGGCAGAGGAUAGGGCACGCAAGGAACGGGAAAAGCUUGAGCUGGAAAGGAAGAAAGCUGACGAUGAGCUUAAACGGAAGGCAGAGGAAGAGGCCAGACAGAAGCUGGCUGUCGAGAAGGAGAAGAAAGAGGCCGCCACGAAGAAGAGCGGCAUAUCCGGCUCUAAUCAUCGGACCGCAAAGGAACUCCAAGAGCAUGAACGGUAUAUAAAGCUUCAUGCCCAUCUGAAGGAGUUCAGACUGUACAUGCGAGCUCAAACCAAGACGAACCCGGUCCUAAAGCAGCAUAUGGGCGAUAUGCGCCGGACUAUCCGAAAGUGUGUUGGCCAGUUGGUGACGGAAGACAAAACCGCGAACCAGAAACCAACCCGAGAAAUUGCUGCAAUUCUCAGAAAAGCACAGGACUUGGCCGAACCGAGCGUGGAUAUCCGGCAGUUCAUCGCCUUUCCGCCACCAAAUAUUGCAAGUCUAGAAAACCCCCAGGUUCCGGCUCUGUGGGUGUACCUUCUUAACAUUCUAGCUAAAUCUAUACUUGCUCAGCUCAUGGCCGAGGCUGGAGUUACUACAAAGUGCGCGGAGCCGUUGGGCGUUCUGACCGCCCAGAUAUUCUCGAUGGACGUCUUCUGUUUCCAGGGCCAGUCGAUGAUCGAUAUCCUCCUUGCCAAAUACCGGUUUCUCUGUCCCGUGCUCUGGGGCUUCUACGGUGACCAGACUACAGACGAAGGCAGGACGGCAAUCGGCUGGAUACGAGAGGAAGGCAAAGGCGCCUUUGUAAGUGCACAACUUCAUGAAGAACGCAUGGCUGGUCUCGGGGCCGGUUAUGCCGCCAUUGCAUUACGGAACUUUGCCAAAAGUCCGCGCCAGAACCCUUAUCCAAACAGUUACUUCUGGAAGACGUUAUCGUAUAUCGUCAACGUUCCGCCCACAGAGGUGCAGGAUACGCAUCUCGUCGUUCUAGCUGCCAUGCUACGCUAUUCGGCACCGCGAAUUGUCAAUUUCUGGGGCGAUAUGGGUGUACUGGCGCUACGGCAGGCCAUCGUUCAGUUCCCUGCUGGGCUGCCUAAGAAAUCGACGCAGCGAGCCAUGGUCGAGGAUCUCCGCGAUGUCCUCGCACGUGAGAAGAGGAUAGUUAUCUAA